CGGGCCCACAGGACCGCGCCCCUUCGGCCCCUCCACCUUUUGUGGGGGUAGGGUCGCGGAGAGCGCGGGGGGAACCGCCUGGCCUUCGGGGACCGCUUUCGUUGGAAGCUCUCCUCCGGGCGUAGCUGUUCUCUGCUGUGAGACCAUCGCUCGCUCCACCGGAGGGGUCGAUUUGUGUUAGUUAUUUCGGGUGACAAGAUUUGCAGUCACCUGGCCAAAAACUUUUUUGGGGGGUGACUUAAAACUCCACCCCAAGUUGUUUUUGUGGGUCUGACCCCCAAGUUUUGUUUUCUCUACUGUAGGGUCGCCCGCCCGGCGCCCCCAGUCUUUUCUGAGGGCGGAAAUGGCCAAUUCGGGCUUGCAGUUGCUGGGCUUUGCCAUGGCUGUGCUGGGCUGGGUGGGCCUGAUAGCCUGCACCGCCAUCCCGCAGUGGCAGAUGAGCUCGUACGCGGGCGACAACAUCAUCACGGCUCAGGCUAUGUACAAGGGGCUGUGGAUGGACUGCGUCACGCAGAGCACGGGCAUGAUGAGCUGCAAAACGUACGACUCGGUGCUCUCCUUGUCCGCGGCCUUGCAGGCCACUCGAGCCCUAAUGGUGAUAUCCCUGGUGCUGGGCUUCCUGGCUAUGUUUGUGGCCACGAUGGGCAUGAAGUGCACGCGCUGUGGGGGAGACGACAAAGUGAAGAAGGCCCGUAUAGCCAUGACCGGGGGCAUCAUUUUCAUCGUAGCAGGUCUUGCUGCCUUGAUAGCUUGCUCCUGGUAUGGGAAUCAGAUUGUCACAGACUUUUAUAGCUCCUCCGUCCCCACAAAUUUGAAGUACGAGUUUGGUCCUGCCAUCUUUAUUGGCUGGGCAGGGUCUGCUCUGGUCCUCCUGGGAGGUGCAUUGCUGUCUUGGUCCUGUCCUGGCACUGAAAGCAAAGCUGGGUACCGUGCACCCCGCUCCUACCCUAAGCCCAACUCUGCCAAGGAAUAUGUGUGAUCUGGGACCCCCUUGCCUCAGCCUGACAGGUUAUAGGUGUGCUCAGAUACCUGAAAGGACCUGGGGCCGAGAACUCAGCCUAAGGGUGUGAUGCAGGACAAAGGCCUCCUGUACACUCUAUCCCUGAACACCAUGUACAGUUCUCUGGGUUGUUGGGUGGGGGAAACAAAAAGAAAGGGUCUGCUUUUUGUACAGUAAUAAAAAAUAACUUUUGGAAGGUAGGCUUUUUCUU